CUCAUUCACACCUCACCUCACUGGUGCAUUGCCAUGGCCAAGAACGUGACUGCACUACUGCUUGGCCUUUUGGCAAUUGCAUCAAUGGUGAGGAUGGCUUGUGGAGGUGGAGGCCAUGACUACGGCAUGGCAUUGAGGAAGAGCAUCCUCUACUUCGAGGCGCAGCGGUCCGGCGUGCUCCCGCCGAACCAGAGGGUCCCCUGGAGAGCGAGCUCCGGGCUCUUCGAUGGAAAGGCCAAUGGAGUGGACCUUGUGGGAGGGUACUACGACGCGGGGGACAACGUGAAGUUCGGCCUGCCCAUGGCGUUCACGGUGACCAUGAUGUCGUGGAGCAUCCUGGAGUACGGCAAGCAGAUGGCGGCGGCCGGCGAGCUGCGCAACGCCAUGGACGCCAUCAAGUGGGGCACAGACUACUUUAUCAAGGCUCACCCGGAGCCCGACGUGCUGUACGGCGAGGUGGGCGACGGCGACACGGACCACAGCUGCUGGCAGCGGCCCGAGGACAUGACCACCAGCCGCCAGGCGUUCCGCGUCGACCCGCAGAACCCCGGGUCCGACCUCGCUGGAGAGACCGCCGCGGCGAUGGCCGCCGCGUCGCUGGUGUUCCGCAACUCCUAUCCUGGAUAUGCAAACCUGCUCCUCGAACAUUCUAAGCAGUUGUUCGAGUUCGCCGACAAGUACCGUGGAAAGUACGACGUUAGCAUCACCGUCGCUCGGAACUACUACGGAUCUUUCAGCGGAUACGGAGAUGAGCUUCUGUGGGCAGCGGCAUGGCUGUACGAGGCGACGGAGGACAAGUACUACCUCGACUACCUGGCCAACAACGGCGACGCGCUGGGCGGCACGGGCUGGUCCAUCAACCAGUUCGGCUGGGACGUCAAGUACCCCGGCGUGCAGGUUCUAGCAGCCAAGUUCCUUCUCCAGGGCCGCGCCGGCGAGCACGCGGCGACGCUGCAGCGGUACCAGCAGAACGCGGAGUUCUUCGUGUGCUCGUGCAUCGGCAAGGGCACGGCCAACGUGCCGAGAACCCCGGGAGGCAUGAUGUACCACCAGCGGUGGAACAACCUCCAGUUCGUGACCAGCGCGUCGUUCCUGCUGACAGUGUACGCCGACUACGCCACGGUGUCAGGUAAGGGUGCCGUGCGGUGCCCCGCCGGCGCCGCGCGGCCCUUCGAGAUCCUCGCCUUCGUCAGGUCCCAGGUAAACUACAUCCUCGGCGACAACCCGCGGGGGACGAGCUACAUGGUCGGCUACGGCGGCAACUUCCCGCGGCAGGUGCACCACCGCGGCGCCUCCAUCGUGUCUGUCAGGACGGACCCGUCCUUCGUCAGCUGCCAGGAGGGCUACUCGAGCUGGUACCCCCGGCAGGCCGGCAACCCCAACGUCCUGGAGGGCGCCGUCGUCGGCGGUCCCGACGAGUACGACGACUUCGCCGACGAGAGGAACAACUACGAGCAGACGGAAGCCGCCACGUACAACAGCGCGCCGCUGCUCGGCGUUCUCGCCCGCCUCGCCGGCGCCUGCGGUGGGCUGGAAGAAUACCAGUCGCUUCCAGAGGUGGCCGCUCCUCCAUCGUCACACGCCGGAAACCACACAUCACUACCACCGUCUCAUCAUCGUCACGCGUCGUCUCCAAUCGAGAUCGAGCAGAGCGUGACGAGGACGUGGGCGAUGAGACGCCAGAAAUACUACCGGUACUCUGUCACGGUGACCAACAGGUCAAGGAAGACGGUCCGGGGGCUCCACAUCGGCGUCUCUGACCUCAGCGGCCGGCUGUGGGGCCUCGACAAGGCUCGGUAUGGGUACGUGCCCCCGAGGUGGCUGCCGGCGUUGCGCGCCGGGAGGAGCCUCAUGUUCGUCUACGUGCAGCCCGCGCCGCCGGCCAAUGUGUGGAUUACUGGCUACAAGCUGGUCUGAGGUCUGAAAUCUGAGCUAGGAUUUGGAGUUUUGCUGUGUUGCAUUGCAAUUUUGCAAUGCGAGUGUAUGGGAUGAUGUGUAAGUGCUCAUCCUCUUCCUGGUGGGUUUUGUAAUUAGGUUGCAGAGGGACUUGGAGAGAUGGAGAAUUUGCUGUCCAUCCUCUUGCCCUUUAAGAUUAGAGAACCUUUUGUGCUCCAUACUACCGGUAGGCAGUAUGUAGUAUAU